CAAAACCUGCUUCUUUGCCUUCAAUCAGCUGACGACUUGUUUUUCUGAUCGCCGUGAGUCCGUUCCGUGAUCCGUGAUUCGUUCAUGUUUCCAUGUUUUCUGUUACUGGAAACACUGAAAACCCUGAAAACUAAACAAUUGUUAUUACAUUGGAGAAAUGCAUCAUUUAUAUAUAUACCUUAACAAUUCAAAAAUUAACAAUUAAAAUUAUGACUUGCAAUAUUGCAAUCUUGUUUGGAGUGAAUAUUAUUUUAUUAUAGUUCACGUGGAUUCACUGACUUUGCAUAUUAACCGCGCGUGAAUUCUAUCCCAUUUGCCGCAGCUUUGACCUCGUGCACAUAUAUCGGGAGAAAGUUCUGCACAAAAUAUUAAGCCGGGUUGUCGCGAUGGCGGCCAGGGCAUUGUUGUAUCUUGGUCAAACGUCAAACAAAUGUAUUUUCACGAGUUUACAAUACCAAAAACCGAGACUACAGGUCCAAACUUCGUGGAGACAAACGAGAGGAUUCAAGAGACCAAAAGACACGUCUAAAGAAACAAAUAGUGCUUUUUCAGAAAUUGCUGUUGAAACGGCAACCAUGAGCUCUGGAAAAUUAUGGAAACCCCUUGGAUUUACCAUCACAUUUAGUGGUGCUUCAAUCGUCACUGCAUCAAUAUGGGAGUACGAAAAUAUGCGUGGACGCAUGUUCAAUUCGUUCAAUUCGUUCACUCGACUUCGAUCCGGCUGGAGAGGCGAAGCUCAACGCUGGUGGAGAAGUCUUUCAGAUGGCGAACGCGUAUUUGCCCCUAUUUGUUUCCUCAACGUUGUCGUUUAUCUUGGUUGGAGAAUACCGGCACUGAAGAGUACAAUGCUUCGCUAUUUUUGUACCAAUCCUUCAUCCAAUGUGAUGUGCUGGCCGAUGCUACUCUCAACGUUUUCACACUAUUCGUUAUUCCAUUUGGCAGCGAAUAUGUACGUGCUCCACAGCUUUAGUACAGCAGCUGUAUCAAGUUUGGGAAAGGAGCAAUUUGUAGCGUUUUACUUGUCAAGUGGUGUAGUUUCAAGCAUGGUUAGCAAUGUUUACAAGACUGCUUUUGCCAGACCAGGAUUAUCUGUCGGAGCUUCUGGUGCGAUAAUGGGUGUUCUUGGUUUCAUAUGUACUCAAUAUCCUGAAUCGAUGUUGAAUAUAGCUUUCCUACCAAUGUGGAAAUUUACAGCUGGCAGUGUAAUAAAGGGACUCGUGGCAAUGGACUUGGCCGGAUGUAUAGCUGGUUGGAAAUUUAUGGAUCAUGCAGCACAUUUAGGUGGUGCUUUCUUUGGAAUAUUUUGGCAAACUUGGGGAAACAAGAAUAUAUGGCAAGAACGAGAACCCAUUAUAAAAUAUUGGCAUGAUUUCCGAAAGCCACCAAGAUCGAAUUAGAAUGAAAAUUCUAUUCCUGCUUACGAAAUUGAUGCUCGUGAAUGAUUUUUUGGAUACCUCAUUAACUCAUUCGCCUCGAGGAGAUAUUGAGAUUAUAAUAAAAAUUUGUUACAAAAAUACAAGCAUUUAAUGAACUGA